AUGUCGCUGUUUAAGAUCCGCAUGCCGGAGACGGUGGCGGAGGGGACACGUCUCGCACUGCGUGCCUUUUCCCUCGUUGUAGCGGUCGACGAGCACGGCGGCAUUGGGGACGGGCGGUCGAUCCCAUGGAAUGUGCCCGAGGACAUGAAGUUUUUCCGGGAUUUGACAACAAAACUGCGGGGGAAGAACGUCAAACCAUCGCCUGCGAAGCGCAACGCCGUUGUGAUGGGCCGCAAGACGUGGGACAGCAUUCCGCCCAAAUUCCGCCCGCUUCCCGGUCGCCUGAACGUCGUUUUGUCGUCCACCCUCACGACGCAACACCUCUUGGACGGCCUGCCAGACGAAGAAAAACGGAAUUUGCAUGCCGACAGCAUUGUGGCGGUAAAUGGUGGACUCGAGCAGGCAUUGCGGUUGCUCGCGUCCCCCAAUUACACGCCGAGCAUUGAGACGGUCUACUGCAUUGGUGGCGGCUCUGUGUAUGCGGAGGCCCUUCGCCCGCCGUGCGUUCAUUUGCUGCAAGCCAUUUACCGCACCACCAUCCGCGCCAGCGAGUCUUCUUGCAGCGUGUUUUUUCGCGUUCCCGAGUCGGGUACGGAGGCGGCGGCGGGGAUUGAGUGGCAGCGGGAGACAAUCUCCGAGGAGCUCACGUCGGCAAACGGCAACGAGACAAAGUACUACUUUGAGAAGCUCAUCCCACGCAACAGAGAGGAGGAGCAGUAUCUAAGCCUUGUGGAUCGCAUCAUACGCGAGGGGAAUGUGAAGCAUGACCGCACUGGGGUGGGCACGCUCUCCAUCUUUGGCGCACAGAUGCGUUUCUCGCUCCGCAACAAUCGCCUACCACUUUUGACAACGAAGCGGGUUUUUUGGCGCGGUGUGUGCGAGGAACUGCUGUGGUUUCUACGGGGCGAAACAUAUGCCAAAAAGUUAAGUGACAAGGGAGUCCACAUAUGGGACGACAACGGCUCGCGCGCGUUUCUUGACAGUCGUGGCCUCACAGAGUACGAGGAGAUGGACCUCGGUCCUGUCUACGGCUUUCAGUGGCGUCACUUUGGUGCCGCCUACACACACCAUGAUGCCAACUAUGACGGACAGGGUGUGGAUCAAAUCAAGGCAAUCGUUGAAACGCUAAAGACAAAUCCUGACGAUCGCCGGAUGCUAUUCACGGCAUGGAAUCCGAGCGCUUUGCCCAGGAUGGCCCUACCACCGUGCCACCUGCUCGCACAGUUUUACGUGAGCAAUGGGGAACUGUCUUGCAUGCUCUACCAGCGCUCAUGUGACAUGGGCCUUGGCGUCCCGUUCAACAUUGCCUCCUACGCCCUCUUGACCAUCCUCAUCGCAAAGGCGACGGGGCUGCGGCCGGGAGAGUUGGUGCACACCCUUGGUGACGCUCACGUGUACAGCAAUCACGUCGAGCCGUGCAAUGAGCAACUGAAACGUGUGCCACGUGCCUUUCCGUAUCUUGUGUUUCGCCGCGAGCGCGAGUUCCUGGAGGACUACGAGGAGGGUGACAUGGAGGUCAUUGACUAUGCGCCAUACCCUCCCAUCUCCAUGAAGAUGGCGGUUUAG